GUUUAUUUCUUUCUCUCCAUUGUCUCCUUAACUUUGAUCCCUUAAAACUUGCUUUACUUCGUAUAAACCAAAGCUAGAUCCCAAAAUUUUAGUUUUAUUUUCCUUUUAUUGCCUUUCUCUUCUCUUCUCUCUCUCUCUCUCCGAGAUUUGGGGUGAAAAAAAUACAAAGACCCCUUUUUUUAAUUUCUCCUCUCUUCCUAUCUUAAGCUCAUUCUGAAGAAAGAGAACUCUCAACAUUUUCCGGGGGAAGAAAAAAAACGGAAACUUUUAGUUUUCUAAGAUAAAAAAAGAAGAAAGUUGAAAACUUUGCAUCUGGGUUUUGUAGAUUGUAUAGAUUCCAGAUCUUAAAAAAGGUUUUCGAUUCAAUAUCAGCAAUGGGUAUGGAAACAGAGUCACAGUUCCAUGUUUUAGCUGUUGAUGAUAGUCUCUUUGAUCGGAAAAUGAUUGAGAGGUUGCUCCAAAAGUCUUCAUGUCAAGUGACUACAGUUGAUUCAGGCUCUAAAGCUCUCGAAUUUCUUGGUUUGAGAGUAGAUGAUGAAGACCCAAAUGUACUCUCUACAUCACCCCAUAUUCAUCAGGAAGUUGAAAUAAAUCUUAUAAUUACAGAUUACUGUAUGCCUGGCAUGACUGGUUAUGAUUUGCUCAAGAAAGUUAAGGAAUCAGCGGCAUUUAAAAGCAUACCUGUAGUCAUAAUGUCUUCUGAGAACGUUCCUGCAAGAAUCUCCAGAUGUCUUGAAGAAGGAGCUGAAGAGUUUUUCUUGAAACCAGUAAAGUUGGCUGAUCUUACAAAGUUGAAACCUCAUAUGAUGAAAACCAAAUUGAAGAAAGAAAGUGAGAAACCAGCUAAAGAAGAGGAGAGUGAAGUUUCUAAACCGGAGAUAGAAGAGGAAGAAGAAGCAGUAAUUGAGAUCUUGCCUCUCCAUCAAGAACUUGAAUCCGAACAACUUGAAACGAUGGUGAGUAGUAGUAGUAGUAAUAAGAGGAAAGCAAUGGAAGAAGUGAUAUCUACGGAUCGGUCACGUCCUAAAUACAAUGAUAUCACAACCUCGGUCUGACCCUUUGUGUCUUUCUUUCUCAGUAUCCCUGCACAACUUCAAUGGUGUUUUUUAUAGGUUCUUUGUAGGAAAUGCUUCUUCUGGUAAAUACAGGGUUGCUAUAGAAAAUGAAAAAGGGAGAUAAUAUGUAGAUGAUGAUUGGUUGUCACUUGUUAUAGUUCAUGGCCUGGGCAAAAAACCCGACCCGAAAUAUCCGUAUUGGAACCGAACCGAAAAACCCCGGUUCGGAUUGGGUAUGGAUCUUCUCCAAUAUACUAAUUGGAUCUUAAUUGUACAUACUUUUGGGUAUUGGGUAUUACCCGAUCCGAACCGAUACCCAAUUAGUAUCCAUGUAUAUCCGAACCUUGUUUAUCAUUUCACAUAUGUACCCAAUUAGUACAAUGCUUCACCACAUUGAAGAUGCCUACAAUGCUUCACCAUAUGCAACCGAUUUUUUCUUUAAUUCUUGUUGUUUAUUUCAA